UGUGCCCUGGAGAGUGGCAUCCCUGGCUGGCAGGAGUAGUUCCAGAGGAUCCCUAGUUUGUGGUAGUUCCAGGAGAUCCCUAGUUUGUGGUAGCUCCAGAGGAUCCCUAGUUUGUGGUGUGGCAUGGCUGGCCUGCCCUCACCUGGAGAUCCUUCCAAAGCACGUUCUCGCUUGGGUGUUUGGAAUCCAAGCUUACGGUGUCCUUAGGAAAAAAAAGCUACUGGGAGUGUUUUGAGUCAGGCUUGGCACCCGUCGAUAAUGUCCUUUGGAAAUUCGCUGACAGAGGAAGAAAAGGCGACAUACCUGGAGAAGGCUCGUAAGUGGAAUGGAAAGAAUCGCUCUCAGAAAACUGAGAAAGAGACACAUAAUCUGGGUGAUCCAGUUCCCGCUUCUCUGACCAAAAAGAUACCCAGUGUUACUUCUUUGCCAGAUGCCCUUGCUGUGUCUUGGAAUAAUGAUCAGGCUGUGGUUACAGACAUCUUCUACUUCCUGGACAUUUACAGCCACGGCAAGCUGCCAUCCCAGUGUGAGCUGCGCUUCCUUCCUUGUGAGAUUGGGUGUGUCAGGUACUCCCUGCAGGAUGGCAUCACGGCUGAUUUCCAUCACUUCAUAGAGCCAGAAGCACCACCACGUGGUUUUCGGUACCACUGCCAGGCUGCUGGUGCUGAAACUCAUAAGAUCCCUAUAUCUGGAUUUCAUCUUCCACGUACUUGUUACGCAGUUGUCUUGCAGGAACUCCUUGAGUUUGCCCAGCCAGCCAGAGGGGUCCAGCCUCGCUUUUUCUGCAGGUCUAACGACAGAUUCCGAAUUAGCUGGUGCCUGGGUCGAAUGGCUACCGUAGCAGGCAUUGAGAGCCCUGUGGAGCUUUUUGCUGUAGAAGACCUGAUAGUAGAACUGUACCUGAAGAAAUACCUAAAGGAGCCAUCCAAGACAUGGGUGUCUAGAAAACUAGAUGUCUGCCUGUGGGAUUUCUCCAGUAACACCAGGUGCAAGUGGCACGAGGAGAACGAUAUAAUCUGCUGUGCUUUGGCAUCCUGUAAGAAAAUUGCUUACUGCAUCAGUAGAUCUUUAGCCAAUGUGUAUGGAGUCCCACUAACAGCAGCUCACCUACCUCUGGGAGUCUCUCAUUGUGAUCAAAGCACAAGUACCGGGAUUGUGAAACUGGAUGCUGGUUGUCAGAAAAUGAAAGCUGAGAGUUCUGGAUAUGACAGACCUUUUGGUGCUCCAGGUCAGGAUCAUGAGUUUGUCCCUUCUAAUCGUGAUUCUCCAUGUGGUGUGAAGACUUCCCUUGGUGUGAAAGAAGUGUCGUACAGGGAAGAGGAGUUGCUCCAUUUCUGAAAAGUUCAUCUGAUCUAUUCAAAUCUUCCAGUAUUUGAAAAUCUUUUUUACAUUCAGGACUGAUUUUCUUUGUUUCCCUGAGAAAACCAGUAGUAGAGACUGCAGUUUUUCACCUUCUGUGCAACCCUUGACAGUCCAAGUUCUUGUUAGAAUGAUAAAACUGUUGAGUGGAUUUAAAGAAGAUAAAAAUCUUGUUUGUUAUCUGCAGAAAGACUUGUUUUGGAGGGACCUGGCAGUUGCAUCUUAAAAAAUACAUGCCCUGCUAUUUCUGUUUCUUAAUGAGUGAAGAGCAAAUUCAAGAUUGAUUAAUCAAUAUAAUUGGGUUGGAAGAAUUCUUUGGUGGCAAUAUGACUGUAAACAAGUGCUUUAUUUCUUCUGUAAUAACCUUGUCCUCUUCUGCAUGUGGAAGACAAAAUUUCAGUGUAUAAUAGUCUCUCUCCAAAAAAUGAUGCAGGGGGAAGCAUUGAAGGUAUGAAGGGGAAUUUAAAGGUACAAUAGUCCUGAAGGUUUCUAUAAUUGAUCAGUUCUAGCCAUGAAGAAUUUGAGUGGUCUUUUCAAGGCAAGAAAGUAGACUUGAUAUGAAGUGUCUUGAAAGAAAUACUUUGGCAAAUUUAUUUUAUCUAUUAAUGUUCUUAGAGGCACAGACUAUAUUGUGUACAUCACAAACAAGGACAAAUUUAAUUUUUUUUUUUAAAUUUGCAUCAGUUUUCAUUUUAAGAAAUGCGUGUCCCUCAAAGUUACAGACUGGAGAGAAGUCUAAGUGUUUUGGGUUUUUUUCAAUUUUUUUUUGAAAAGAGUAUCAAAUUCAAACUGAUACAUUUGGCAAGUUUAGCCUGGCUGGGUGUAUACUAAUCAUAAUUAUUUGAGGGCACA